UAGUUCUCUAGUCUCUAUAUCAAAUCCCUUCAUCUCUAAGCACCUAGAUCAAUUCUCUACCUUCCUUCGUUUACCCUAUACAAACCAAAAUAUAGUCUUUCUGUCAAAUCCCACAACCCAAAACCUUCAAAGCAAUACACAUUUUCCCCAUGACUUCAUAAAAUACACAUUUUUUUCUUGGAACUUCCCACUCUUUCUCUCAAUCCAAACAAACCAAUAGAAGAUGAGGCCAAAAACCCAACUCGCUCUCAACCUUAAACUCCUCAUUAUAUGUGUCUUCCUUGCUUUCUUCAUCCUCUUUGUGCUAAAAUCAUCUUUCUCAUCAUCCAAACAGAACCAUUCUCCAAUCUCCCAAACCAUUUUCAAAAAGUCCUCAAAUACAAUAAAAGAUGCAAAGCUACCCACAAAUUGUUCAUCCAUUUGCACCAAAAUCCCACCCUCUUUAGCCAAAACUGUGAUCCACUACUCAACCUCAACAAUAACACCACAACAAACAGCCAAAGAGGUAUCAGUAACAGCAAAGGUCUUGGAAAAGAAGACCCCAUGUAAUUUCUUAGUUUUUGGGUUGGGACAUGAUAGUCUGAUGUGGAGUGCACUCAACUAUGGUGGACAUACUAUUUUCUUGGAGGAAGAUGGCGUGUGGAUUGAGCAAAUUAGGAGGAAAUUUCCCAUGUUAAAAUCAUAUCAUGUUAGUUAUGAGAGCAAAGUUAGCCAAGCAGAAAUUUUAAUGGAGAUUGGCAAGGGCCCUGAGUGCACAGCAGUUGGUGACACUAGCUCCAACAGGUACUCCAUGUGCCAACUAGCCCUAAAGAGUUUGCCAAGUGAAGUUUAUGAGACAAAGUGGGAUUUAAUUAUGGUUGAUGCUCCAACUGGGUACCAUGAGGAAGCCCCCGGGAGAAUGAGUGCUAUAUAUACAGCUGGGAUGAUGGCAAGGAACAGAGAGGAAGGAGGAGAAACUGAUGUGUUUGUGCAUGAUGUUAAUAGGGAAGUGGAGGAUAAGUUUUCUAGGGCUUUUCUGUGUGAAGGGUAUAUGAAGAAACAACAAGGAAGGUUAAGGCACUUUAGAAUCCCAAGUCAUAGAGGCAGUUUGGACAAGCCAUUUUGCCCUUGAAACUACAUUCCUCCCCUUUUCGAUCGAAUACGGUUACAUUUAAUUCCCCUCAAUCUUUUGUACCGAAUAUUCUGUACAAUCAUGUUCGGUGUAUAUAUCUUUGGCCAUUGGAUCAUGUAGAAAUCUUAAAGAAUAAAAAAAACUCCAACUUGAUCCAACAACCAGAAAUGAUCGGCAAUAGAGCUUUUGAACUCA